UAAGAAACAGCCCAAACAAAACUGCAGCUAGUGACCUCUUGUUGCUAACCUCAGGAGACACCAUGAGCAAUCCAACUGGAGAUGAUUCACAAUCUGCCCAAGAUGAGGAAGAGCGUCAACGUGAGGUGCUCUUCUUCAACAUUAAAGCCCAUUUGGAAGAUUUGUUCUCCGACCGUCAGCUGGCACAGGACGGCUUCCUGCUGAAACACGUGCAGAAGAACAAGCAGGGCUACGUGAGUCUCAAGCUCCUCACUUGUUUGAAAAAGAUAAAGGCCCUGACCACAAACUGGUACAUGACUCUAGCAGCAGCGGAGUACUCAGACCUUCUGGAAGUGAAUGAUGAGCGCACGAAAGUGAGGCGGAUAGCACCACUUCCCAAGUGGCUGCUCUGUUCCCCCACCAGCAAGCUCCUCCUUGCCUGGAACAUAUCUGAGGACCAAACCAGAGAGGACGGAGCAGCCCAAGGCCUGGAGCGACCUUCACUUUCAGAGAGAAUCCUCCAAAGGUUUAGCGCUCACGGUGUUGUCACGUCGGUCUGGAUCCUGCAUCCUGGCAAAGAGCUGCCUAAGGAACUGCGGUGCUACGCCACACGUCACAAAGCGCUUGGCCAACAUUUGUGUGCAGUGGUCAAGUUCGAUAGUUUAGAUGCAGUUCGUAAGGCCUACAAUGUCCUGAAGGCAGAAGAGGAGAAGUCCAAUGGGAAGGGCAUGUGUGUGGUGCCUUUGGGAUUCCAGUCAAUGCAUCGCGUCGGCAAGGACGAAUCCUCAGAAGAAAAAAAUAAGGACCAACCUGAGAACGCGCUGUCCCAGGAAAAUCCGAGUGAAACCUCAGAAGAUUCAGUCCAGGAGGAACCCUCUUCACCAGCUACGGUCUCCGACAAGACUCCAGACACACGUCUGCCCCAAAAUACUUUGAACAACUCCGUUCAAAAAACCUUUGAGCAGAUCUCCACCAGCUGCAAGGGCCAGUCCUUCUCUGGUUUGAAUGAGAGGUACAGUAGAAUGACCUGGUGCUCCGGAGACUUUGAUAAGGAGAGUUCUCGGAGCCCCUGGGUGAUGAGGCGCAAAUUUGAAGCUAUUGCAUUAAACCCCGAAGCGCCUGUACACCCGAAUGUGCUCUACUUGAUGCAAAGAGUGCUGCGUCAGCCCUUCGGCCCUGAUGGCACCACAGGGUUUCAGGGCGGAGGGAAGUCGCUGCAGCGGAUCGAAGAAGACGAGUUCAAAUUCUCACCUGGGCGGAGUAGUCAGCGCUGA